CUGGAUUCUCUGCAAACCGCUGUGUUUACUGCGAGGAGCUAGUUUAACUUGCGCAGUGUGAUUCUCGCAUGAUUUGCAGCCCCCGUCCCCGUUAUUUACAAGAAAGAAUCUAAGCCCCGUCCGCUGAUUCAAGUCCAGCGCUUGAUGCGAACAUAUGGGCGAAGUUUAAUGUGCUGCUUCCCGCCAGCCGCAAGCCGUGUAUAUACGUUCAAAAGCGCGCUCAUCAAUCUGAGUGCAGAAAAUGUGGAGUCGGAUUUUAUCCUCUGUCAUCUCGGGCAAACAGGAAAUGCCUGAAGAUUUCCUCAUAGCUCCUACUCCGAGUGCCACAGAACUUACAGAACUUGUCACUGGAGCACGCUGGAUUCCAACGGAUCAGACAGUUUCUUUGUAUUUCUCUCUGGGCAAAACAGAAUUCUUCCGAAGUAUUUGUGAUAAUAGUAAUAAUCAAUCAGCCAUGUCACGGAAGCUGCAGUGCACGGCUCUGAUCCUGCUUGUCGGUAUUCUACAGACAGCCAAUUCAUUCAAUGUUGAUAUGAAAAGCCCUAUGAUAUUUACUGGCUCACAAAAAGAUAUGUUUGGAUAUACCGUUAAACAAUUUGAAAAUGAAGAAGGGAAAUGGCUUCUGAUUGGUUCUCCUUGGGAAGGACAGCCCAAACAUAGAACUGGUGAUAUCUACAAAUGCCCAACGUUCAAGACCAGCAAUCCAGAAUGUGUGAAACUAAACUUGACUGAAUACUUAACAGUGCCUAAUAUCACUGAAGUGAAGGAAAACAUGACACUAGGACUGUCACUGGCAGCAAAUCCUAAUGGAGGCUUUCUGGCAUGUGGACCACUUUAUGCCUACAAGUGUGGAGGCCUGUACUAUACAGUUGGUGCCUGUUCGAAUGUAAGCUCCACUUUUCAAGUUGUAAACACCAUAGCUCCUACAGUAAAAGCUUGCAAGUCUCGACUUGACAUUGUGAUUGUACUUGAUGGUUCCAACAGCAUUUACCCUUGGUCUAGUGUUAACAAUUUCCUCAUCAAGUUACUGGAAAAAAUUGAAAUUGGACCACAGCAAACUCAGGUUGCAAUUAUACAGUAUGGCUUCAAAGUCACACAUGAAGUCAGUCUUAAUCAAUUUAGCACAACCGAGGAUCUCCUAGAAGUUGCUAAGAAGAUAAAGCAAUGGGGUGGAAAUGAAACAAAAACAGCUCUUGGAAUUGAGUAUGCCAGGACGAAGGAAUUCACGGUGGAGAAAGGUAUGCGUGCAGGAGUUUCGAAGGUGAUGGUUGUGGUAACAGAUGGUGAAUCACAUGAUAGCUACAAUCUACCAGAUGUGAUCAAAAAUUGUGAAAAGGAUAACAUUAGGAGGUUUGCUAUUGCAGUGCUUGGCAGUUACAACAGAGGAAAUCAAAGUGCUGAAAAGUUUCUGAAAGAAAUAGAGUUUAUUGCAAGCUCACCUAAAGAUAAGCAUUUUUUCAAUGUAUCAGAUGAAAAAGCAUUGGUGACGAUAGCUGAGGCCCUGGGAGAACAAAUCUUUGCUUUGGAAGCAACCAGUGACAAACAAGCUGCCUCUUUUGAAAUGGAAAUGUCACAAGUGGGGUUCAGUACACACAGUACAGAGGAUAGCAUCAUAUUAGGGGCUGUUGGAGCCUAUGAUUGGAAUGGAACAGUUCUUCUGGUGAACAACAAUGGAACGGUCAUCCCUGAAAAUGAGACAUUUUUCAACAAAUCAGUAGAAAGCAAUGAACCCCUUGCUGGAUAUCUUGGUUACUCUGUCAGCUCUGUCUCAGUUGUUGGAGAUGUGUGGUAUGUUGCUGGACAACCUCGGUAUAAUCACACAGGACAAGUUAUAAUUUAUAAUUAUAAGGGAAACCAAACAAGCAUUAUACAGACCCUGAAAGGAGAACAGAUUGGAUCCUACUUUGGGAGCACUGUGUGUGCUGUUGAUAUCAAUAAAGAUUCUCUAACUGAUAUCCUUUUAAUUGGAGCUCCAAUGUACAUGGGAACGGAAAAAGAGGAACAAGGCAGAGUUUAUGUAUACACUUUAAAAGAGAACUUGUUUCAAAGCCAGAUGGAACUUGAGCCCUUAAAACAACAGUGCAGUUGCCUUUCCACCAUAGGUCUCCACACUAACAGUUUUAAUGAGGCCAUAAGUGAAGAUCACAAGUGCUCUGAGCCCCUCCGGCAACCAUGUGGUUCCCGCUUUGGAACAUCCAUAAUUGCAGUUUCAGACCUAAACCUCGAUGGCUACAAUGAUGUUGCAAUUGGAGCCCCUCUGGAAGGGAACCACCAAGGGGCAGUCUACCUCUUCCAUGGAUCUGGCACAACUAUUAACAAAAAGUAUUCACAGCGCAUCUCUGCAUCUUCAUCAAAUGAAUCUUUUAUGUAUUUUGGACAAUCGAUCGAUGGUCAGAUGGAUUUAAAUGAUGAUGGGCUAGUGGACCUUACUAUUGGAGCAGUAGGUGGUGCCGCCCUGUUCUGGUCCCGGAAGAUAGCUCAAGUGACGAUUAGCAAACUGCAAUUUCAGCCCCAAAAAAUUAAUGUCCAGAACAAGAACUGUGUCAUUGAUGGGAAGCCAGCAGUGUGCAUUUUGGCAAACAUCUGCUUCAAUCUCAGGCUGAAGUCCAAUAAACCUGAAGCAGUUGUUCUUGACUACAGUGUCAGACUAGACUCUGCACGGCGUGUCUCCAGAGGGCUCUUUAACGAAACACAUGAGAGAAAUAUCAAAGGAAGCAUUAUAUUACCCUUCCAUAACUGCACUGAACACACCUUCUACAUGUUGGACGCUCCAGAUUUUCUCAAUCCUGUUGAAAUCCUAGUGGAGUUCAAUUUAUCAAAUCCAGAGAAAGGACCGGUGUUGGAUGUUGACCUGCCAAAUUCAAAGAAAGCUUUGGUGCCUUUUACAAAAGAUUGUGGAGAUGAUGGGGAAUGCAUCAAUGACCUGAAGCUUAGUGCCGAGGCAGACAUAAAGGGUGACAGCUCAGAUCCUUAUGUUGUGCAAACCAAUCAGAAGAAAUUCAAUCUGGUGAUUAAACUAAAAAACCAAAAGGAAAAUGCCUACAACUCAAGAAUAGCAGUGACCUUCUCGAAGAAUAUCUAUUUCGCUGGAGUUGAGCAAAAUGAUGAUUGCAUGCCAUUGGGACCAAGCAAUGUGACAUGCAAAGUGGGAUAUCCUUUUCUUGUACCAGAAGCAGAGGUUUCCUUUAAGAUGAAAUUUGAAUUCAAUACCACUCAUCUCCUUGGUGAUGUUUUCAUACACCUGGAGGCAACAAGUGACAGCAGUGAGUCAAAUGAAACAAUGAGUGACAAUGAACUCACCAUCUCCAUUACAGUCUUAUAUGAAGCUGGGCUGCACUUUUUAAGUCAUUUUAAAGAGUACCGUUUUAAGAUAGCAAUCAAUGAUACAUUCCCUGAUGUUAUUAAAAGCACUGAGGAGAUCGGCGAAGCAGUGGACAUCAAUUACAUAAUUGAUAAAGAAGGAGAUUUUCCAAUUUCACACCUUACACUGAGUGUAACCUUCCCGUACCUAUCUCCAGCAAACAAUACUCUACUAUAUUUGACAGGAAUGACAUUUUCUUCCAAUGAUUUAGGCAAGUGUCAUGACUCACGGUUUGUGGAUCCUCUGAAGAUACACCCAAAAAACCCUCACAAGCCAGCCCCAGAAAAGGAGCGUCUCUCGAAUAUCAAUGGGAUGUGUGAAAAUAAUGCUGGAUGUGCCUCCUUCUCCUGUACUAUACAUCCAUCAAGUUAUGUCCAAUUUAAUAUGUCGCUAAGAAUAUGGAAGCCUUCAUUUAUUAAAGCAGAUUUUAAGUCAAUAAGUUUAAUUGUAUCAGCUACACUAACGAUUGAAGAUUCUCCAUUUGUGGUGCUGAACAAAGCAAAGGAAAAAAGCGAUCUGAGGGCUGUGACUGUAGGCAUAUCAAAAGAAUUCCAUGGAGGAGUUCCAAUCUGGGUGAUUGUCCUGAGUAUUCUUGCUGGCCUGCUGCUCCUAGCUCUUGUGAUACUGGCACUGUGGAAGGCUGGAUUUUUCAGAAGGCCCUUAAAAGAAAAAAUGUGAAAAGUCGCAAGAACCUAUUAGCAGUACAAUGGAAAGUAAAGGGUGGUCUUCAUUACAUACAGAAGAUCCAGUCUAUGAUGUUAGCGAAGCAGCUGCAGAACUAAACCCUAAUGGCAAGUCACAAGACAAGAAGGUCCACUGCUUUCAAAAGUAUGUGCUUUAGAUGGAACUCAGAAACAACUGAUGUGUCCCUGGGUCAUUGGUUCUGCAGCAUGAUCUGUGAAAUUAUUUCGGCUUUGAUUUCUGUUCACUCAGAUGUGGCAGAGAAUAGUAAGGAAAUUAUUUAUAGACCAGUGGCAAAACAACCAGUAUUCAGUCAUUCCUAAAGUGCCACUUGUGAUUUCCUAUUUUUAUUGUAAUCAGUGAACCAAAGCAGCACUUUAUCGACUAAUUACUCAUAUUUGUUUCUUUUCCUUUCAUUUUGUGUAGCUGGAUUGUUAGAAGUAUUGGAAGAAUAAUGUUUCUACUUCAACCCUAUUUCGAAAUCCUUGAGGAAACGUUGAUUCUAAUAAUGUAACCACUGCCCACAAAAUCAUGCUUGAGACAAUAUUCUUUCACAAAGUGCACUCAUGGAAUAUCCCAUCACCUCAUUGUACAGUAAUACAUAUGUACAACACUGAUACACACAGUGGACACUUUAGGCAUAUUUAUGUUUGUGGUCUUCUACUGCUGUAGCCUAUCCACUUCGAGGUUCAACAUAUUGUGCAUUCAGAGAUGAACUUCUGCACACCACUGUUAUAACACGUGGUUACUUAAGUUACAGUUGCUUUCUUAUCAGCUUGAACCAGUUUGGCCAUUCUCCUCUGACAAGGCGUUUUUGUCCACAAAACUGCCACUCAUUGGAUUUUUUCCUUUGUUUCUAGCAUCAUUCUCUAUAAACUCUAGAGACUGUUGUGCAUGAAAAUCCCAGGAGAUCAGCAGUUUCUGAGAUAAUCAAACCACCCUGUCAGGCACCAACAAUCAUUCCACGGUCAAAGUCAAUUAGCUUACAUUUCUUCCCCACACUGAUGUUCGGUUUGUACAACUGAACCAUUGAGUUAAUGCACAUUGCAGCUGUAAUAUAAAGUGUGAUCAACUUAUAGUGUGACAAAAUUAUUUGUAUGUUCUUGUAUAAUCUGCUUUGAUUAUGCGAAGCAAACUCCUUGAACACUGUCAUCAAAGUGUAUAAAACGUCUAACUAAUGCUGUGGCAUACCCAGUGUGUCAAACAUGAUCAAUUUCAUUUGCAUCUUUAAAACCAGUAUUCUAUUUAGAGCGAAGGCUCAGCAAGUCAAAUAGUUCUCUUUUACAGAAGAGCUUAUAGAGUCCUACACUGCCCCUCACAUCUAUCAAAUCAAACCAAUCUUAGCAAAAUACAGUACCGUACAGCCCUACAGCUAUUAUGUUGGGAUGAUCUUUUAACCUACUUCAACCAAUCUAAUUCUUUAUUCCCACACAUCCCUCCAGUUUUUUUUCCAUCUAUAUGUCCGUCUAAGAGUAUUUGAAAUGUCCCUCAUGGAUACACCUCUAUCACCAACCCCAGCUGUGCAUUCCAUGCACUUACCACUCUUUGUGAGUAUUUAAAAUAAAACUACCUCUGAUAUACCCACCUAUUCUUUCCUCUAAUUACUUUAAAAAUAUGGCCCCUCAUUUGAGUUAUUGUCACUCUGGGGGAAAAGUCUAUGGAUGUUCAAUCUAUCUAUGCCUCUUAUCUUAUACAACUCUAUCAAGUCACCACUCAUCCUCCUUCACUCCAAACAGAAAAGCCGUUGUUCACUCAACCUUUCCUCAUAAGACGUGCUCUCUAAUCAGAGCAGCAUCCUAGUAAAUCUCCUCUGCACCCUCUCGAAGGCUUCUACACCCUUCCUAUAGUGAGGCAACCAGAAUCGAGCACAAUACUCCAAAUGUGCUUUAACCAGAGAUUGAUACAGCUGCAACAUUAAUGAAGGCCAACUCAUCAUAUAAUAUCUUAAAUACCUAUCAACAGAUGUGGCAACAUUGUGGGAUCUAUGGAUGUGACCUCAGGAUCGCUCUGUUCCUCCACACUACUAAGAGUCUGCCAUUAACCCUGUAUUCUGCCUUCAAAUUUUAACUUACAAAAGUGAAUCACUUCACAAAAUUGCACUCCAUCUGCCACUUCUCAGAUCAGCAUUCUAUCAAUGUCCUGUUGUAACCUUCUUGAAUAUAUUUAUACCAAAUAUGAAAAUUUAAGUUUGUAAGAAACAUUUCACUUUGAUUGCCAAAGGCACCAUUAGAUUCUGAAACUAAGGCUAUGAAUUUCUUCAGAAUGACUCCCACUUCUCCUUAGGAGUAAUGGAAACAUCUGUUAAUUUGCAUAAACAAACCUUGCAUUUCUGGCAGAGUGGGAUGGAGUGGGACCAGCUCUGAGAUCAAAGUUCAUUAUUGGAUUUGAGAACUUAGAAGGGAAUUAUACAGUUGAUUCUAUAGAGGAGUGAAAUGCUUCCUAUAGCUUCCAAAAAAUCAGCUUAACAAUACUUCCAGUGACACUAGCCAGAAUAAUUUCAUUUGUGUUAUGCCAACAUUUUUAAUCAAAUAAUCAACAUGAAUUAUUUUCCCAGGAUAGUUUAGGCAUACUUGUUUUGAAAUAUCAUCAUCCCUGCUGGAAUACCAUAAUUGCACUAACAUCUGAAUGUUGGCAUAAAUAUGUUGUCAGUUUGGUGUGAGGUCCGUUGGCUGUGAAGCUAUUUGAUCCUAAACUGGCUGUGAUAACAUGAUAAUGCUUCAGCUUUGACCUUUGGCCCCUCAGGUGAGAAACCUAUCAGCACAAGGUAGAUUCCACCUCAACUAUAGCUCUUCAAUUGAUGGCCUUGUGCCAUUAAUCUUGUUGGAAGUUGAAAGGGUGAACAGUCCAGAACUAUCAAUAAUCCAGUCUGUCUUCCAACAUCUAUGAGUAUACUUUCCAAAAAUUACAUUUUUAUUCUCCUGGAUUUUUUUGUGUCUCCGCAAAUGCCUUUAUAGACACUGAUAAUCUUCACCUCACUAAGCACGCACAAAUGCAGUUCACUGGGACAUGAGAAGAAAUUCCAAAAUGUGGGACAUUCUUCUGCACUUAUCCAACCAGCUUUUGAAAAAGGGAACGAUUGAAAUUCCACCUUUGCAAAUCAUUGAGGCCCUUAUGCACCUUCCUGAGAUUGUAAUGGUCUAGCCAUCAAACUUUUCCAACUGUUCCCUAGAAUAUCUCUUAGGAAAUUGGAUAUAGGACUAUAGCAUAUUGUAUCAUCCAGCGUGACAAUUUUUUUUUAUCCAUCUCACAUUGGGAAAAGAAGGCUGAAAUGAGGAAAAAUAAGACAUCUAAUACCUUAUUUCUGUGCUCUGGUAAAAAGUAAGACCUGUGUUAUUUUGAAUUUCAUGCAAAGAAGUUAAAGAAUAUAAGCAGAUUAACUCACAGUUUUUCACUUCAUUUACUGAGAGAAGCACUGAAUAAAAAAUUGUUGUUACUUGCUGUAAAUUGAAGUAAAUGGCAAGCAUACAAAAUAAAUUAUGUAUUCUUAUAUAUGGUUUUGUAGUUUAUUUGAUGA